CUGUCUGGUUCUGCAGCUGCCUCACCUCUAGCCUCCACCAUGUCCAUCAGGGUAACCCAGAAGUCUUACAAGAUGUCCUCCUCUACCCCCCGGGCCUUCAGCAGCCGCUCUUACACGAGCGGGCCCGGCACCCGCAUCAGCUCCUCAGCUUUCUCCCGGGUGGGCAGCAGCGGCAGCUUCCGAGGAGGCCUGGGCGCCAGUAUGGGUCUGGCUGGGGGCUACAGUGGGGCAGGUAUGGGAGGCAUCACGGCCGUCACGGUGAACCAGAGCCUGCUGAACCCCGUCAAGAUGGAGCUGGACCCCAACAUCCAGGCCGUGCGCACCCAGGAGAAGGAGCAGAUUAAGAGCCUCAACAACAAGUUUGCCUCUUUCAUAGACAAGGUACGGUUCCUGGAGCAGCAGAACAAGAUGCUGGAGACAAAGUGGAGCCUCCUACAGCAGCAGAAGACAUCUCGUAGCAACAUGGAUUCCAUGUUCGAGAGCUACAUCAACAACCUUAGGAGGCAGCUGGACACCCUUGGCCAGGAGAAGAUGAAGCUGGAAGCAGAGCUGGGCAACAUGCAGGGGCUGGUGGAAGACUUCAAGAAUAAGUACGAAGACGAGAUCAACAAGAGAACCGAGAUGGAGAAUGAAUUUGUCCUCAUCAAGAAGGAUGUGGAUGAAGCUUAUAUGAACAAGGUAGAGCUGGAGACUCGCCUGGAAGGACUGGGUGAUGAUGUGAACUUCCUCAGGCAGGUGUAUGGAGAGGAGCUCCGUGAGCUGCAGUCCCAGAUCUCAGACACAUCUGUGGUGCUGUCCAUGGACAAUAGCCGCUCCCUGGACAUGGACGGCAUCAUCGCUGAUGUCAAGGCCCAGUACGAGGAGAUUGCCAACCGCAGCCGUGCAGAGGCUGAGAGCAUGUACCAGAUCAAGUAUGAGGAGCUGCAAACAAUGGCUGGAAAGCAUGGAGAUGACCUUCGUCGUACAAAGACUGAGAUCUCCGAGAUGAACCGGAGUAUCAGCCGUCUCCAGGCUGAGAUCGAGGGGCUCAAAGGCCAGAGAGCUUCCCUGGAGGCUGCCAUUGCUGAUGCAGAGCAGCGUGGGGAACUGGCCAUUAAGGACGCCAACAACAAGCUGGCCGAGCUGGAGGCUGCCCUGCAGCGCGCCAAGCAGGACAUGGCCCGGCAGCUGCGCGAGUACCAGGAACUGAUGAACGUCAAGCUGGCCCUGGACAUCGAGAUCGCCACCUACAGGAAGCUGCUGGAGGGCGAGGAGAGCCGGCUGGAAUCUGGGAUGCAGAACAUGAGCAUCCACACGAAGACCACCAGUGGCUAUGCCGGUGGGCUGAGCUCAGCCUACGGGGGUCUCACAAGCCCUGGAAUCAACUACGGCCUGAACUUCGGCUCCAGUGGAGGUUCCAGCACCUUCAGCCGCACCAGCUCCAAGGCGGUUGUUGUGAAGAAGAUUGAGACCCGUGAUGGGAAGCUGGUGUCCGAGUCUUCUGAUGUGUUGCCCAAGUGA